AUGAGCGACAUGAUUACUCUUGUAGAUGAGAAUGACAAUGUAAUCGGUCCCAUUUCAAAAAUUGAAGCGCACAUGAAAAAUCCAACUCAGAAUUAAUCAUAGUCACAAUCUCAAUUCCCACAUAGAGCAUUCUCAUUGCUAUUAUUCAACUCAAAGAACUAAUUGUUAUUACAGCAAAGAUCAUAUAAAAAAAUCACCUUCCCUUCAAUGUGGACUAAUACAUGCUGCUCUCAUAAUGCUCACAUACCAGAGGAAAUUACUAGUGAGCAGGACUUUAUCGGUAUUCGUCGAGCCGCUGUCAGAAGAUCAAAAUUUGAACUUGGUAUUAGCGAAUUAGACCCUAAUCUAGAUCUGAAAGUUGUAUCCAGAAUUCUGUAUUAUGCUGAUAACUGUGAUAAGUUUGCUGAGCAUGAAUUAGAUUACAUAAUCUUUGCAAAGAAGAAUUUAUCAUAGUGGAAUCCCAAAAAUAAUGUUAAUGCCGAUGAAAUACAUGCCAUAGAUUGGGUAGGUCUUCAUGAAAUAGAGGAAUUUCUAGAAAGUAAGAAGCAAUAGGAUGGAAAAGGAGAUGUAACUCCUUGGUUUAGACUGCUGAAAGACUCCAAGCUUAAGAAAUGGUGGACUCAACUUAUAGAUGAGGGAACUUUCCCAGAUGAAGCCAAGAGUAUACAUAGAUUCUAUUGA